UCGGUGACACAUCACCAACCAGCAGUUACACACAAAUAGCGAAACGCUGAGUGUGUGCCCCGGAUUUACCUAAAGAGGAAACUGCCCCGAACUGAAAUUCCUCUCCCCGACAUGACCAUUAUAUCUAAAAACCGCAAUCAUUUUGGAGGUUUAACUAGAAGCUCCUAACGGAAGAGUGCACCCUGCCCCGGGACAUAACGAAAAAAAAAAAACCCGCAAUGGAGUCCCAUAGCGCCUGGAAGAAUUACUGGGUUAGUUAUUAAACUGGGUUUCGUUCCUCUCCCUCUGUCCAGGCGGGAGGGUGGAGUUUAAACCGUCGCCCUGCUAGCCAACUACCGGACACUCCGCCCCUCUGCCUCCGGUAACCGAGCUUCCGUUGCGAAUUCCAGGGGUCAGGCACAGACCGGCAACUCCCCCGCGGACCCGGAGGAGGCACGCACCGAAGGGGAAGUUAGCGAGAGGCAGACCGCCGCGGACCCGGACCCAGUGAAAGCCGAGACUCGUACGCGUCACGGUUGGGGAAAUUUAUGACUUUUCUUGUUUUCCGGGGAACUCGGCAGUUGCCAUUUUUGAGCAGCUGCGCGCGGCCGCCGCCGGACUCCAUCGCCCCGACAGAGAUCGAGGAAAAGUGACUCGUCAGCGCAACAGUUGGACUGAGUCAGACCCAGUUUCGACACCCUCGGAGGAGGACUCGUGACCUAACGCUGCAUCUCAAGCGCGUGUUCCGCUCUGCAUUGACUCACUGGCAGACACGCGGGCACACUCAUCCACCCGGGCGGCAGCCGCCGUGCCCCGCGGCUGCAGCAGCUGAACCGAGGCGCCGCCGCCGCAGGUACCGGCCCCUGUCAGGUGAAAGGCGUGGCGCUGGGCGGGAGUGGGGGAGCUUUGUUCUGACAACACCUGAGUGAGUGUGAGUGUGAGUGUGUGCGUGUGAGAGAGAGAGAGAGAGAGAGAGAGAGUAACCUGAGAUCUGGGCUGAGGUGGAACCGUUUCCCCAAAGGAGGAUCUAACCUCACGGGCCCAGGUCACGCGGACACGUUAUGGACCGUAAUGACAGAUCGCGCUUUUUCGUGGUUUGACCCUUCGGACCGACGAGUGGAAACUGGGUCAGAGUGGUUUCGGUUCUUAACUGUUUAUUGACCGGCGAAUACGCCCAGGGCCAUGGCGCUGUCUCAGAUCCAGUGCCUGGACGACCACCACGUCAACUGGCGCGUGAGCGAGAGCAAACCGGAGUUUUUCUACAGCGAGAACCAACGGCUGGCGCUCGAGGCGCUCAUCACCAAGGGCCGCGACGCCUUCGGGGACCACAUCCGCGAGAGUGGCGUCCGGGCCUUCCUCUCGGACCGGGAGCUGGAGCGGAUUGCACACACGGCGGAGGCCUACCGGCCCGGGUACGAGCAUCAUCAGAAACCAGAGACUCCGGGCCCGGGGAACAUCACGCCGGGCUCCGGGGAAGAAGCCGGAGACGGCGAGGUGUCGCUCCAGUACUGGCCGGACCGGUCUGAGGCCUCCGUGGUGGAGCUGGACCUGGGCUGGCCCGAGGCCAACUCCUACCGAGGGGUGACGCGGGUGACCGUGUACACCCAACCUCCGACCGAGGGGCACACGCACAUCAAGGAGGUGGUGCGGAAGAGCAUUGCAUCGGCCCAGAAGGUAAUAGCCGUGGUGAUGGAUGUGUUUACAGAUGUGGAUAUCUUUCGAGACCUGCUGGAUGCAGCAUACAAACGCAAAGUUCCUGUAUACAUAAUCAUUGACAUGGCUGCAGUCCCCUGCUUUCUUUCCAUGUGUGGCAGAGCUGAUAUGCACCGCGGGCACCUAAAGAAUCUGCGUGUGCGCUGCUGUGGAGGUGUGGAGUUUUUCACACGGUCGGCACAGAAGGUGCGUGGUUCGCUGAGCCAGAGGUUUCUCCUGGUAGAUGGAGACAGAGCCAUCUCUGGUUCAUACAGCUUCACCUGGUCCUCCUCUCGUUUGGACCGUAACCUCAUCACUGUGAUCACAGGACAGGCAGUGGAGACAUUUGACCUGCAGUUUCGUGACCUUUAUCUCAUGUCCAGAGGUGUGUCUCUAAACAAGGUUCCCAUGGUAGACGAACCGAUCCCCGACCCGCUCCCUCAGGCGGCUCCUGCUCCUGUGUCAGCCACUGUUGCUAGGAAGCUCAUCAAUCCCAAAUACGCCUUGGUUGCCACAGGAACCCACAUAAGCCCAUCCUCCUCUGACCAGAACUCCAGCAACAAGAACUCAAACUCUCAGAAUCCCACUGGGCUAAAGAUUAUGAAGGGGCGUCUUAAGGACGUUAUCGAAGAACCACCCAUACACCCGGCUUUAGCCAAUCUGGCCAAAGCGUACCUGAUCCCAUACUUGCCAACCUGGCCAGAGCCAGACCCACCCAGUGAUGUGAUUGGCUUUAUCAAUAUCAGGGAUGAAAAGCGGGCCAAUCAGGUUCACCUACAGAGGUCAGAGAGGUUUGAGGUCAGCCAGGCUAUACGCUUCAGCUCACCACUGACACUACCAGACCAGACUGAGGAACCUGCUUCAGGUCAGGAUGCAAACGCUGCAGGAACAGCCAAAAAUCCCUCUAGGAUUACAAAUCCAGAACCUUCUACUCCUGUGGGUCCAACCAACAAAGAGGUCAAAGAGAAAACACACACGGCUCUGAAUAAAGACCAAACCGAUACAACAGAUUCCAGAGAGGCCCCUCCGCAGACGAACACACUUCCAACACAAGAAACACACAAACCAAAUGCACAGACUCCCAAAUCAUCAUCUAGCAUUACUGCUGAUUCACAACCAGCAGAAAAUGCUAAACAAAGUCCAGAGACACAGACUGCAGCACCUCCUGUUCCUAAACGCCGCACACUGCAUUUAGUCAUCGACCCCGCUCCCUCAGAGCAGCCUGGCCAACCACAGGUGACUAUGAUAAAAGUGGACCAAUUGGAAAGUCUAAAUGACCCUUCUGUCAAAAAGAGAACCCGGGAGGAGCUGAUGCCAGGCCGUGGCGGCAUGACAGCAAAGGACGACGGCAGCAACGGCAACGGCAGCCAAGACAGCACCAAGGUCAUGUGUGACCAAGCAGCCAAUGAUGAUCCUUCAAGUGCUUCCACGGCGUCUGAGGAGGAGUUUUAUGACACUCAGCAGGAGCCAAGUGACCUGUUGACAAACGGAGUGACGACAGGCUCAGGCCGCGGGCGUCGCCAAGGAGACGGGGUCAACAUCAUGGCCCGCCUCUCCCAGAGCAUGCUGGACCUGCGGGAGCCCAGCCAAUCAGAGGACAGCGCUGCCCUCAUCCGCCAAUCACAGCAGCUCCGCAGACAAGCUCACCCCUCCCCACACAGGCAUAUAGGACAGUUGUUCCAGACCUCAAGAUCUCCGGGUCGUGAUGUAAGACUGCGAGGACCUAAAGUAAUCAUUGCCAAACCAGGAAGUUACCACCGCCCCACCCGAGCAGCUGGCCCUGUGAUAGGAGGACACCGUUACUGGCAGGGCCAAACACUGCACUCUGAUUCGGCCCAGCUGCGCACAGAGACACGGUCCAGCCGGUCACCAAGACGCCACAGCCCAGGAUACAGGAAGACUGAACACGGCUCGCCACAGCCGCCAGCCAACUCAUCAGGGUUACUAGGAAUUUCUCUCACAAAACUGAGCAAUAUCAAAAACCUGAAGGCACGAGGAGGACUGUCACAGAAGAAAGUGUCUCAAAAUAACAAGGCUACUAGGUAGAACUGCCACUGCCAAUACAGGUAUACGAAGAUGUUUGUUGAUAUAGACUUCCUACUAAGAAACUGGUGAUUCCUCAAUGUGUCAUUCCCUUUUAUCAAACCCUAUGGCUCAACACACAAGAACCGGGAUUUUUUGACUAUGUCAACAAGGAAUGGCAAUUUGACUUGAUGGCGUGUUUUAAGAGGUAUUGUCUGUAAAUGAAUCGCAUCUCCUUCCAAACAAAUGCUCCCUGGAUAAAGGCUUCCGAUUGGAUGGUUUCAGUAGUUUCUGGCUGACAGUGAAUUUUAAAAGAAGAUACUGAUAUCUAGGAGGAAAUGAACUCUGAUAAUAAUAUAAUGUAUCAGCUGAUAUUUAUGUCUUUUUUAGCAGGGAUUCCUCAAAUUUGGUUAUAAAAAAGCUAAGAUUUCUACUCGAGGCAGGUUAUUUUGUAGAUGAUAACUGACACCCUACUAGAUUUGGUCAGCUGUGACAGUCUUCCUUGCCAAAUAAGCCACUUAUUAUAAUAAGGCAAAUAUUUAUAAUUUACCCAAGUUGCUUUCCUUUUUCAGAAUUUCAUAUUAUAACGUAUGUAGAUAUGAUGUAUCUGUGACAUGCAAGACCAGCCGAUCAUGUUUGCCCGCUGACUAUACGAGCCAGGCUCUAGUGUUGGUACCUGUGUGAUCAGUUAUUGAUGGUGCGAGGGUAAAGCUACUGUGUUUAUUUCUUUUACUUAUGUGGCAGAUGUUAUUGAUUACCUGUGCGGCUUUAGAGACAAGGUGUAUGCAAUGUUAAACACUGAUGUGGGACCAAAACUGAAUGUUGUAAAUAAAAAGACAGAUUGUU